CAUUUCCCCAUACUACAUCUUCUUUGUCAUCUUCUUCUCUCUAAAUUUUAAUGUCAUAAUUUUUUCCCCCAAAUUUUUAUCAUAUGAUUGAGAAAUUCGGAAAUUGUAGGGUUAGGGUUAUUAAUUUUUGAUAUUAUCUCAUUUACACCCAUCCCUUUCUCUCUCUAGAAAUUAAAUUUGAAAAUUCUCUCUCUCUAUCUCUAAAGUCAUGAUAGCAGGUGCAGCAAAAUCUUCUCUCUCUUCAUCUUCUUCUUCAACUUCUCUUUCCCCACUUCUGAGAGCUGCACGACAUCGUUUUGUCACCACACUUUCUUCUCCCUCUAUAUCUUCAUCAUCUUCAGCUUCAUCUUAUUCUCCAUCUUCUAGAAUUUUCUCUGCUUUUAGAUCUCAUCCGGUUGCCGGUCACCGUUCGUUAGGUUUUUCAUCGGUUAUUCGAUCUAUUAGCUCCGCUUCUUCUCGGUGGAGUCACGGUGUUGACUGGAGAUCACCGGUCAGUCUUCGGUCUCAGAUCGCUGCUUCUCCUCCUCUUGUUGAACGAUUUCAACGCAAGAUCGCUACUAUGGCUUCAGAGCAUCCUUACAAGGAGAUCUUCACCAGUCUACCCAAGCCUGGUGGCGGUGAAUUCGGAAAGUUUUACAGUCUACCAGCUCUGAAUGAUCCUAGGGUUGAAAAGCUGCCUUACUCCAUUCGGAUCCUCUUGGAGUCGGCUAUUCGCAACUGUGAUGGUUUCCAAGUCACGAAGGAUGACGUGGAGAAAAUUAUUGACUGGGAAAACUCAGCACCUAAGCUUGUUGAAAUCCCAUUUAAGCCUGCUCGUGUGCUUUUACAGGAUUUCACUGGUGUGCCGGCUGUGGUUGAUUUGGCUGCAAUGAGGGAUGCAAUGAAGAACCUCAACAGUGACCCCAACAAGAUUAACCCAUUGGUUCCUGUGGACCUUGUCAUUGAUCAUUCAGUUCAAGUUGAUGUAGCAAGGUCCGAAAAUGCAGUUCAGGCGAAUAUGGAACUUGAAUUUAAGAGGAAUGGAGAGAGAUUUGGUUUUCUUAAAUGGGGAUCAACUGCUUUCCAAAACAUGCUUGUUGUUCCACCAGGUUCUGGUAUUGUGCACCAGGUCAACUUGGAGUAUCUUGGACGGGUUGUUUUCAACAAUGGCGGACUUCUUUAUCCUGAUAGUGUAGUUGGUACUGAUUCACACACAACCAUGAUUGAUGGGCUAGGUGUUGCUGGAUGGGGAGUUGGAGGAAUUGAAGCUGAGGCAACUAUGCUUGGUCAGCCCAUGAGCAUGGUUUUGCCUGGUGUUGUUGGAUUCAAGAUGACCGGAAAAUUGCGGGAUGGUGUCACAGCUACAGACUUGGUGUUGACGGCAACACAAAUGUUAAGGAAGCAUGGAGUUGUUGGCAAGUUCGUUGAGUUCCAUGGUCAGGGAAUGAGUCAGCUAUCACUUGCUGACAGGGCUACUAUUGCAAAUAUGUCUCCUGAAUAUGGAGCAACCAUGGGUUUCUUCCCAGUGGAUCAUGUUACUUUGGAAUACCUAAAAUUGACAGGAAGAAGUGAUGAUACUGUUUCUAUGAUUGAGCAAUAUUUACGCGCAAAUAAAAUGUUUGUUGACUACAGUGAGCCACAACAAGAACGAGUAUAUUCAUCAUAUCUAGAGUUGGAUUUAGCAGAAGUGGAGCCAUGCAUUUCAGGACCAAAACGGCCACAUGACCGUGUACCUUUGAAGGAAAUGAAGGACGAUUGGCAUUCGUGUCUUAACAACAAAGUUGGCUUUAAGGGUUUUGCUAUUCCAAUGGAAGAGCAGGAGAAAGUUGCUAAAUUUUCAUUCCAUGGCCAGCCUGCUGAAUUGAAGCAUGGUAGUGUUGUCAUAGCAGCUAUAACAAGUUGCACAAACACAUCAAACCCCAGUGUUAUGUUAGGUGCUGCUUUGGUUGCAAAGAAAGCUAGUGAGCUUGGUUUGGAGGUCAAACCCUGGGUUAAAACUAGUCUGGCUCCUGGUUCUGGAGUAGUAACAAAAUAUCUGCUGAAGAGUGGUCUACAAAAAUACUUGGAUCAACAGGGAUUCAACAUUGUUGGUUACGGUUGCACUACCUGUAUUGGGAACUCUGGUGAUCUAGAUGAAUCUGUGUCUGCAGCUAUAACUGAAAAUGAUGUUGUUGCGGCAGCUGUGCUUUCUGGUAACCGUAAUUUUGAAGGGCGUGUUCACCCCCUGACACGUGCCAACUACCUUGCUUCCCCUCCAUUGGUUGUUGCAUAUGCGUUGGCCGGAACAGUUGACAUUGACUUUGAGAAAGAGCCUAUUGGUACAGGAAAGGAUGGCAAGAGUGUAUACUUCAGAGAUAUUUGGCCUAGCAAUGAAGAGAUAGCUCAGGUUGUGCAAUCAAGUGUUUUGCCAGACAUGUUCAGGAGUACUUAUGAGGCUAUCACCAAGGGUAACCCCAUGUGGAACUCUCUGGAAGUUCCUACUGGCACUCUUUACCAGUGGGAUUCCAAGUCAACAUAUAUUCAUGAACCUCCAUAUUUCAAGGACAUGAGCUUGAACCCACCGGGUCCUUUUGGAGUGAAGGAUGCCUACUGCCUUCUCAAUUUUGGCGAUAGUAUCACUACUGAUCACAUCUCUCCAGCUGGAAGCAUCCACAAGGACAGUCCUGCAGCCAAGUUUCUCAUGGAACAUGGGGUUGAUCGCAAGGACUUCAACUCAUAUGGUAGCCGCAGAGGUAAUGAUGAAGUGAUGGCUAGGGGUACCUUUGCAAAUAUUCGCAUUGUUAACAAGCUGUUGAAUGGAGAAGUUGGCCCUAAGACAGUUCAUGUUCCUACUGGGGAGAAACUAUAUGUUUUUGACGCUGCAAUGAAAUACAAGGAAGCUGGUCAUCAGACAAUUGUUUUGGCUGGUGCUGAAUAUGGAAGUGGGAGUUCUAGGGAUUGGGCUGCUAAGGGCCCAAUGUUACAGGGGGUGAAAGCUGUGAUUGCCAAGAGUUUUGAGAGGAUCCAUCGUAGCAACCUUGUGGGUAUGGGAGUCAUCCCUCUUUGCUUCAAAGCUGGUGAGGAUGCAGACACAUUGGGAUUGACUGGUCACGAGCGAUACACCAUUGACCUUCCCUCCAAGGUUAGCGAGAUCAGACCUGGACAAGAUAUCACUGUAACCACUGACAGUGGAAAGUCCUUUACUUGCACCCUUCGUUUCGAUACUGAGGUGGAACUUGCUUACUUUGACCAUGGUGGUAUCCUUCCAUACGUCAUCCGCCAGUUGAUGAAGAAUUAAUCGGUUCAGUUUUCCCGUGUUUAUCCUUUCUCACUCACCUUUUCCGUUGAGGUUUAUACGUGACAUUGGUUGUUGAAGUUGUGGGUUUUUCGAAUGUCAUAGAUUGUGACUACAAGUUUUCUUCCAUGUAGUCUGAGCAAGAGAAGUUUAAAUAAAGAAAGAUCGGGUUUAGAACAUUUAAACUAUCCCUUUAAAGGAUCUAAAAGAGGUAUUUGAUUGCCUUGUAGUCAUUUCCUUUGUUAAUAAAAAUUUUUCUUUGCCAAAAGGCAUCUAGUCCAACCGUAGUACUUCUCGUUAUGGGAGCUGUCAAAAUGUAGUGAAAAAAAAUGUGGCGAUUAUGUACAGACUCAUGCUAAGCUGGUUUUUUCUUAUUUAUUUGGGUUGUAUGCAAUAGCAUCAUGUCAUCCAACAACCAAGAAACUUCUUUCUA